CCUUGUGCACUGCUGCUCAUGGGGUAGUUGGGGCCAGGGAUAGGGUCCUCUUCUGGACCCUGAGGAAGGGAGGAGUUCUGAACAGUGUCUCAGACCCAAAGCAUCAUUCAUUGUGGGGAGGAGUCUGGCAAUACUUAGUCAAAUUAGGCUUACAAAGAGCCAUCUCUGGUAUAUCCUAGGUACACAUAACAGAGAUUUCCACCUUCAACUACAAAGGAACACAUGAGAAUGUAGCAUUAUUAUGGUGACAGUGAGCUGAAGGCAAUGUGGGCGUCCCUCCCUGAGACCUAGUGAACAUGCGACACGCAGGGGAUGCACACCAUGGAAUAGCAUGCAGCAGUUAGAAGCAACUGGUUAGAUGUACGCAUCACAUGCACUGGAUGGAUCAUAAAAACAGUGCUGAUUAUUUUAAAUAGUAAAUAAUGUCAUUCGCAUAAAUUGAAGCAUCAUGCACAUAAAACACCGCACAUCUUGCAAGAACACACACAAACUAAAAGAUAUGCAUUAACCACCUGAAAUGAGUGCCUAUGCAACAGUUAGAGAAUAAAAGUGGGGAACUGGGGAUUACUGGAAAUAACUAAAACACUGUAGGUUGUACAAAGUUGAUAGACUUUGGACUCAAAGACAGACCAACGCUGGAAUCUUUACCUCUCCAUUGUCUAGCUGUGUAAUCUUGUGCAUCUUAUUGAACUCAUUUAUAAAAUAUAUUAGUAAUAUAUCCCAUAGAGUCAUUGUUGAAAAUUAAUAAGAUUAUUAGUAUAAAGUGCCAGGCAAGAGCUAAGCUCUCCAAAAAUGUUGGUCCCCCUAUCUCUCUCUCCACUACCUAAAGGUUUAAUGUCAAUUGCUUCAGCUGGCAUUGAAGCAUUCCACACAUCCUCACCCUUCCUCCCCCAGACUGGCCCCCAACAACCUUUCCAACUUCGUCUAGUACUGCCCCCCUGCACAGCAGUCCAGCUAGAGGUCACUUCUGCCACACUUCUCUGUCCAGAAUACCUGACACAGGAUCCGUAAUCCAGAAAUCUGCGGCAAACUAAGAGGCCAAGACCAGCAGAAAAGAUGGGACACAGGAAGGGGAAAUGAAGGCUGACAAAGGAUCAAACAAAGGAGUUGGACCAAGCAGAGAAGAUGGCACACACCUGCCUGGGAACGCAAAACAACGGGACCCAGCAAUCUGAGAACAAGCACGGACACAACCAGAAAAGAGUGGAAUGAAAUCCUCAAGGAAAAAGGGAUGGAGUGGUGGUCAGAGGCGAUGCUAUCCCUACAAAAGAGAAACCACACAGACAAGGAGGAGCAAACUGUUGGAAUGGAACCUUGCAGGGAGCAGAGAAAGCACAAUCGGGAGCGGCAGAAAAAUGAGGAGUGGGGCACAAGGACCGGGUUCUCAGGGGAGAGAGGAGACAAUCUUAGAGGCUCAAAGAGAGAAAAGGAGACAGGGCAGAAUGCAUAGAGAAAAGGGCACACCACGGAGAAUGGGGAGGGAAACCGUGAGAUGGGUCUAGUAGAGAUGCACAGAGAAGGCUACAAUUAGAGAGUGGAGCACCGAGAAUGGGGUGCAAUCCGGGAGGAAGAUGAACACAGACGGUGGAAAAGGCUAAAAAGACAGAAAAACCACAGAAGCGUCUCAGGAAGCGAAGAGGAGGAUGGGAGGGGCAGGGGUCCAGGCUAUGAGGGAAUGAGGCACGUGGAGAAAGAGGUUCCGAAAAUCAGCAGGAUGAACAGGCAGAGAGAGAGAGGCUCUCAGAGACGGAAAAUGUCAGAGUUAGGAAAAUCAGCACCAGCGCGGACGAUAAGAGACACAAGGAAUGGGGCUCAGCGUGAGAAGGUGGGACCCAGGAAGGAAACAGGGAUAUCACAGCACAGGGAACAUAAAAGGAGAAAGGUAGAUCGGGAGUUGGGCAGCGGGAGAGAAGUGCGAAAGCACGGGCAUCCACACAGCAAAGAGUAACCGCCCGCGCAGAGUCGAAGACAAACGCUCAAGAGGCGCCGUCCCUGCAGUGCUGGCCGGAGGGCGAGACUGCGCGUGCGCGGGAGGGCGGGCCGGGCAGCCGUUCCUGGGGGGGCAGGGCCAGCCUCGUCCUGGAAGCGUUACUCGACGCCCCAUUGGCCACCUCCCCAAAAAGGGAAAGAACAGUCUGGGAAGGCAAAUCACACAAGGAGGGAGAAGUGUCGCGAGACUCAACUCGACGCUCUAUUGGCUGGCCUGAUAGUCUGGCGCGAGGAGAAGCGGGCCGGAGGUAAAGGGGCGGGCCGUCAGUGAAGGAUCUUGAAGCGCACUGGUCGCUCGCCUCGGCGGCAGAAGGCGCCGCUUGAAGCUCAUUGGUCCUUGUAAGAAGGGGCGGGAAAAGUGGCGCGAGCGAGGCCAUUCCUCACCCCACUGCCCCACCACCUUCUUUCGCCUCAUCCUGAGUGUGACUUCGCUCGAGGCUGUGGUAACCGCGGCUGACGACGCGAACGCGACCCCGCCCCUCCCGUCUCUUCCCCUCCCUGUCUUCGCUGGACUCCCUGCCCCAGACAACGGUCGCCUCCCCACUAACGGUCCUCGCGGCCCCUUCGCCCAUCCCCCACCGAGGCCCCUGGGCGCGCUCCCCGAGCCCCGAGCCCUCCCUGGGACCCUGGAGCAGGGCGAGGCCGCGGGGACAGCUGCAGAAGGGGGUGCACGCGAGGAACAGAUGCAUGGGGAGAUACAUGGAACCCAAUGAAAUGCCUGCUGUCCACCACUGCCCCUCAGACUCUGCCACAGGGGGUGAGACUAGAGCCCCCCAGGGCGGGGAGCUCGUCCCCAGGAGAGUUGUCAGUCGCUCUCCAACGUGCGCCCGCUGCCGCAGUCACGGUGUCACUGCCCGCCUCAAGGGCCACAAGCGCCUCUGCCUCUUUCAGGCUUGCAAGUGUCACAAAUGUGUCCUCGUCUUGGAGCGCCGAAGAGUCAUGGCUGCCCAGGUGGCCCAGCGUAGGCAGGAGGAGGCGCAGCUGAAGCGGCACCUGGCUCGGGGGCAGAUGAGGAAAGGGGCGGCUCCUCCCAAAGCUCCCAGCAGUGUCAAGAAGGGAGUCACUCAACCAAGGCUCCACCCUGCAAAGGAGAACAUAGCACCCCAGCCUCAGACUCCCCAUAGGGCAGUCCCACUGGCACUGACACCCCCUGAGAAGGAGAACUCCCAGGGGCCUCUGCUGCUCAGCUGUCCCCCAGAAGCCUUGCCUUUGCCCCGGACUCCAGUGCCUCCAGGCCCUUUGGCCACUGGACACUGGCUGCCUCCAGGCCUUUCCGUACCAACCCCAGUGGUGUGCCGCUUGCUAUGCCAAGAACCUGCUGUCCCUCUGCAUCCUUUCCCUGGCUUUGACCGUGGCGCUGCCCUCUGGCUGCCCACUCAUGGGCCCCUCCCAGCCUGCUCAGGAUCUCGCCCAAUACUGAUGGCUCCUCUUUCUGGAGAAUCCCAAGGGCCCUCUACCCUGCCCCACACAUGCUCGACUCUGAAACUUCAGCCCUGUGGCACCCCAGACCCGCUUCUGCUGCAGCCACAGGCCCCCAGAGCCUCUCGCCUGGACUGGACCUCUGACCCCUCAGAGUGGCAGCUGCAGUGGGAGGCAGCCGAGGCUCUUAUGGGACUGAAAGAUUCGUUUCAGGCUUCCCGCCUGACCCCUUCUGGUCCUUCCAACCAUGCCUGGAUUUCCCUGCGCCACCCCUGUGGCCCACCAGCUCCUGCUGAAGAAGGAGGAUUCCAGCCUGUUGUCCCCUCUCUCUGACCCAGUCCAGCCCCCUCCGUGGCUCUACAUAUUGGGCAUCUGGGAUCCAUCUCCCUCCUGAGCUAGAAGCCCAGAGGUGGAGGCCUCACUGGGGUAGGGGGGCAACAGCCUGCAGGCAUUGCAUAUUUGGUAUUUUACUUACAGAUUUAUGCAUGGAAUUUAAUGUAGCACAAGCUUCAGGCUUGUUUUAAAGCUUUCAGGUGCUUUGUUAGCUUUUGGCUCCUUUUGUAGCAUGGCCAUUUCCUUGGCUGAAGGGGGAUAUUCUUUUACCUUCCUCGGAUCCUGGGACCUUUUAAAAUCCCCAACAAAGAGAAAGUUGUGCAGUUUAAGUUAACCAGUAUCUAAAUAGAUUUUUGCAUGAGUUCAUGUUCCAGGGUAUUUAUUUGACGUGUGAUUCUGUAUAUACCUGUGCACUCAUGUCUGUCUCCAUGCAUGUGAAAACAGGAGAGAAUUUUCAUUUUGUGUCUAGGUUUGUGUGAGUAAGCAAAAAAUAAACCUGUAUUGUUUUAAGCCACUGAGAUGUGGGGAUUGUUUGCUACCGCAGCCUAACCUAGUUUAUUCUGACUGACAGAAAGGACUUGUUCAAUUCACUUCCCAAAGUGAAAAUCAGAUAUUCAGUAACUACCACAAAUAACUACAAACUUGGAUUUCUUUUUAUGGCCAGAUAAGAAAGAGUGGUAGGCAGACACGGUAGGU